CGGCCCGCUGAGCGAGCCCCCGAGCCCGGCGCUUCCCCCUCGGCGGCCGCCCCCUGCCCCGCGCCCCAUCCCCCCGCCGCCCCGGCAGACAUGGACGGGUUCGCGGGCAGCCUCGAUGACAGUAUUUCUGCUGCAAGUACAUCUGAUGUUCAAGAUCGCCUCUUAGCUCUUGAGUCACGAGUUCAACAACAAGAAGACGAAAUCACUGUGCUAAAGGCAGCUUUGGCUGAUGUCUUGAGGCGUCUUGCGAUCUCUGAAGAUCAUGUGGCCUCAGUGAAAAAGUCUGUCCCAAAUAAAGGUCAGCCAAGUCUUCGAGAAGCUAUUUCUAUGACCUGCAUAACCAAUGGAAGUGGUGUGAACAGAAAACCAAGUCAUACAAGUUCUGUCUCAAUUGCAAGAAAAGAAACUCUGUCAUCUGCUGCUAAAAGUGGUACAGAAAAAAAGAAAGAAAAACCACAAGGACUGAGAGAAAAAAAAGAGGAAUCUCAUUCUAAUGAUCAGAGUCCACAAAUCCGAGCAUCACCUUCUCCCCAGCCCUCUUCACAGCCUCUCCAAACACACAGACAGACUCCAGAAAGCAGGAACUCUGCUCCCACCAAAAGCUUAAAACGACCACCACCAACUGAAAAGUCACAUAAUUCUUGGGAAAAUUCAGAUGAUAGUCGUAGUAGAUUAUUGAAAACAGUUUCAACAUCAAAAUUAAUAUCAAAAGUUAUAAAAAAUGCAGACAAACAUAAAGAUGUCAUCAUCAAUCAAGAAGGAGAAUAUAUUAAAAUGUUUAUGCGAGGUCGGCCAAUUACAAUGUUUAUUCCUUCUGAUGUUGAAAACUACGAUGAUAUCAGAACAGAACUGCCUCCUGAGAAGCUCAAAUUGGAGUGGGCAUACGGUUACCGAGGAAAAGACUGUCGAGCUAAUGUUUACCUUCUUCCCACUGGGGAAGUAGUUUAUUUCAUUGCGUCAGUGGUAGUGCUUUUUAAUUAUGAGGAGAGAACGCAACGACACUACCUGGGUCAUACAGACUGUGUGAAAUGCCUUGCUAUACAUCCUGACAAAAUUAGGAUCGCAACUGGACAGAUAGCUGGAGUGGAUAAAGAUGGAAGGCCUCUGCAACCCCAUGUCAGGGUGUGGGACUCAGUUAGUCUCUCCACGCUACAAAUUAUUGGACUUGGAACUUUUGAGCGUGGAGUAGGAUGCUUGGACUUUUCAAAAGCGGACUCAGGUGUUCAUUUAUGUGUUAUUGAUGACUCCAAUGAACAUAUGCUUACUGUAUGGGACUGGCAGAAGAAAUCUAAAGGAGCAGAAAUAAAGACAACAAAUGAGGUUGUUUUAGCUGUGGAGUUCCACCCAACUGAGGCAAAUACCAUAAUAACAUGUGGUAAAUCUCAUAUUUUUUUCUGGACUUGGAGUGGUAAUUCACUAACAAGAAAGCAGGGAAUUUUUGGGAAAUAUGAAAAACCAAAAUUUGUUCAGUGCUUAGCAUUCUUGGGAAAUGGAGAUGUUCUUACCGGCGACUCUGGUGGAGUCAUGCUUAUAUGGAGCAAAACUACAGUAGAGCCCGCGCCUGGGAAAGGACCUAAAGGUAUAUAUCAGAUCAACAGACAAAUCAAAGCUCACGAUGGCAGUGUGUUUACACUUUGUCAGAUGAGAAAUGGGAUGUUACUGACUGGAGGAGGGAAAGACAGGAAAAUAAUUCUGUGGGAUCAUGAUCUGAAUCCUGAAAGAGAAAUAGAGGUUCCUGAUCAGUACGGCACAAUUAGAGCUGUUGCAGAAGGAAAGGCUGAUCAGUUUUUAGUAGGUACAUCUCGAAACUUUAUUUUGCGGGGAACAUUUAAUGAUGGCUUUCAAAUAGAAGUUCAGGGUCAUACAGAUGAACUUUGGGGCCUUGCCACACAUCCUUUCAAAGAUUUGCUCUUGACGUGUGCCCAGGACAGACAGGUGUGCAUGUGGAACUCGGUGGAACACAGACUGGAAUGGACCAGACUGGUAGAUGAACCAGGACACUGUGCAGAUUUUCACCCAAGUGGCACAGUGGUGGCCGUGGGAACGCACUCAGGCAGGUGGUUUGUUCUGGAUGCAGAAACCAGAGACCUCGUUUCUAUCCACACCGAUGGGAACGAGCAGCUCUCCGUGAUGCGCUACUCAGCAGAUGGGACUCUCCUGGCUGUAGGAUCUCAUGACAAUUUUAUUUACCUGUACGCAGUCUCAGAAAAUGGAAGAAAGUACAGCAGAUAUGGAAAGUGCACUGGACAUUCCAGCUAUAUCACACACCUUGACUGGUCCCCAGACAACAAGCAUAUAAUGUCUAACUCAGGCGACUACGAGAUACUGUACUGGGACGUUGAAAAUGGCUGCAAGCUAAUCAGGAACCGGUCUGACUGCAAGGACACCGACUGGACGACAUACACCUGCGUGCUAGGCUUUCACGUCUUCGGUGUCUGGCCAGAAGGGUCCGAUGGGACAGACAUCAACGCGCUGGUGCGAUCCCACAACAGGAGGGUGGUGGCCGUGGCCGACGACUUCUGCAAAGUGCAUCUGUUCCAGUACCCCUGCUCCAAAGCAAAGGCUCCCAGUCACAAGUACAGUGCCCACAGCAGCCACGUCACCAACGUCAGUUUUACUCACAAUGACAGUCACUUGAUUUCAACCGGUGGAAAGGACAUGAGUAUCAUUCAGUGGAAGCUUGUGGAAAAGUUAUCUUUGCCUCAGAAUGAGGUCACAGCAGAUUCCGCUCUAAGCAAAGUCCCCGCCUCUUCCAUUGAAAGUGUCAGCCAGCCUAACGGCCCCCCGCCGCCGCCCCAGCCCUUCAGCGAGAGCGCCGAGGACGGGAGCAGAGUGAGCAGCUCCCCCACGCUCGUGGAGAACAGCCUGGAGCAGACUGGAGAGCCAGGCGGCGACCACAGCGAGGAGCAGAGCGAAGGGGACAGCGAGGACCUCGCGGAGCCGAGUGCCGAGGAGCCCAGGGCGGAGCUGCCCGCCGACCCGCACGAUGCUGCGCUCCUGUGCUAAGACGCAGGCUUGCUCCUGCCGCUGCCUGGGCUUCACCCUCCUGCUCGGCAAUCAGGACGGACGGCGAUGGGGAGUCCCUGUUGACGGAGACUGUUUUCCGUGACCUGUCGUCUCCGGUAGUCUUACCUGCAGCAGACCUACAGGUGGUUUGGUUUGGGCUCAACCACACGGGGUAAAGGAGAAAACUGAAUGCCGGUGUGUGUCACUGCGUUGUGUGUGCGUGUAUGGUGUGGAUACUGGAAACCAAACCAGCGCCCGCCGACUGAAAGCAAAGUCCUGACGCCUGAACCCGCUUUCUUCAGGUGCCCCCAGGCCUCACACAGGGGUGCUGCUGCUGGUGCCUUGGCGGACUGCCCCUCCUCCUGAGAAGAGGGCAGGAGAGGGCGCUCGCACCAAGACACGGGCCAGCCCACCCGCCUGGCAGAUGGAAUUUUUUUCAAUCAAAAACGUCAGUAUUGCCACGUGCAAUCAUGUUGCCUUCUCAGAUGAUGCGUUUUCUUAAUACAGCGGCUGCCCAGACGUGCUUGUUAGUCUACUAUAUAGGUGCUGCCUUUUUCUAAGUUACAACAAGGAAUAAUCCUCAAUUUCCUGUGUACAAACUAUUUCACCUUAGAACUGAGCAUUGGUUUGUUGGAGAGCUUUUAAUGUAUAUUAAACCAUGCUACUAAGAAAGAGUGAUUCUCCAAGGAGUCCUUUACUGGCCUAAACAUUGUCUAAUGUUUGGCAUUCAAGUGAAUGGAAGAUUAAAACCGCAUGCCUUUAAAACUGAACUGUAAUGAUUGCCUAGCUAAUUGUAGCUUAGCCUUCAUCAUUAAUUUGUUCCCCCAACACAAAUACAAACACAGUAAGCUUAAAUUGUUGAAUUGGUGCUUGAAAUUCAUGGGUUUAGUUAUGAUUUUUUUAUACAAAUUAAUUAUUCUGAGGGAUAAAAUGUUCAAAAAAAUCAAAAAUGCUUUUUUUUUAAACAGAAGUGUGAAUAGUAGUCACAGUACUUUUUUUAUAUAAAUUGCAGACUUACCAGAUUUGCUAUAUGUGGUCAUUUUUUUCUGAGCCUUGCACAUCUAAUCUGGCUAGCUUCUUUGUGGGACAACACAUUGUAAAGUUGGUGGUGGUGAUGUUUUGUUGUUUUGUUUUUCGAGUUUUGUCAGACAACUAUGUUUUUCUUAAGUACAUGUUUCCUACUUUAAAAUAAUUAGUGGCAAGUAUGCAUUUCUUGUAUGUUUAUACUUUCAUUACAAAACUUGUUUUAUUUUUUAACUUGCAUUGUUUUCAUACUUUUUGUUGGUUCAUGUUUAGAAACUUUGGAUGAGUUCAGAAGUCUUAAUUAUGCAAGCGUUUACGUGAUUGUGCCAUUCCAAAGUGCAUCAGAACUGUCAUUCCCUUCUAGUAUCUUCUCAGGAGUAAUACAUAUCAGGUAUGUCAUCAUCAUUUGGAAAUAUGAAAACUCCAGUGAAUUCCCAAGGACACUUACAACACUUAUCUUCACGCGCUAUAUGAAAAGGUGUCAGUGUGUGUAAAAGGACAAGUGGAGACACUGUAUCUCUAGGUAAGAAGAUACCACAUCACAAAUACUCAGUGUAGAUCUCUGUGUGUGUAGUUAUGUCUGUGUAUAUCUCUUUCCUUUUGUUUACAACUAUUGUAGUUUUUUUUUUUUAAUAAAAAAGGAGGGAAAAAAAAGAAAAAAAAGAAAACACCUCAAAGUAGCUCUCUUCAAAAGAAGAGAUCAGUUCCCAGCCACCUGGCGUUUCCGGCGUGCUCCGUGCGCACUCGGCCGAGCACCGGUCUCAGCGCCGGUGUCCACCGUUGGCGGUGGGGGGGGGCAUCAGGUCAGCAGGGACAUCUGCUCCCUGCGAGAAAGACACUAGGAAAUAAGCAAGGAAUAAGGAGAAGAAAGUGCAUUUCUUUUAGUGCCUGGGGGAUACAGUUCUCCAUGAUAAGCAGGGAAUUUAUUUGGAGGCAUCUGUGUCACCUUUGGGGUUGCCAUAUACAAUGAGAUUUAUAAUCACGAUACUCUUGGGUGGUAGUUUCCAAAGACACUACUAAUACGCAGAAAGCGUUCCAGCCAUCUGCUGCUGGUAACUACUGUUUAAUGGUCAGUCAAAUCUGUGAUAAUGGUUGGAAGUAGGCGGGAUUAUGAAAUUGUAGAUGUUUUUAGAAAAACUUGUGAAUGAAAAAUGAAUCCAAGUGUUUCAUGUGAAGAUGAGCCAUUUCUAUCAUGCAUUCCGAUGUCAUGGCAGAAAAUUUUGAAGAUUAAAGAAUAAAAAAUGAUUUAAA